AUGGAACUCCCACCCACACAACGUGCCCUGAAAGUCCAGAGCGCCUGCAAUGUCUCUCUCAUGGAGACCUGUUCUCUCCCAGAGAGACAAGACAGCGAUGUGCUGGUCUGCGUGGCCUAUGUGUCCCUCAAUCCGGUGGAUGGCAAAUCCGCCGACAUAUCUCCGAGUGUUGGAGCGACUUCAGGCUGCGACUUCUCAGGAACUAUCGCUGUACUAGAGUCUUCAGCCAAGAGUUGGUUUCAAGUGGGGGAUCGCGUAUGCGGAUGCGUGUUCGGCAACAAUCCCAUCCGGCGUGACAAUGGCGCUUUCGCAGAGUAUGUAGCCGUCCCUGUGCAGUUGGUGUGGAAGAUUCCCGCGAAGAUGUCAUUCCAAACGGCUGCAACACUGGGAAUCGGCCUCGCGACGGCUGGUCUGGCUCUUUAUAACAGUCUUCGAUUACCUCUUCCAUUGUCUGCGCCGGAAGUACCCACCACGGUAUUGGUCUAUGGAGGGGGAACCGCAACGGGCGCCCUGGUAAUUCAACUGCUACGAUUGUCCGGUUUAACCCCCAUCUCUACCUGUUCGCCGCGUAGUUUCGACCGUGUGAAGAAACUUGGGGCAGUGGCUGCCUUUGACUACCAUUCCCCAGCCUGUGGCACGGAUAUCUGCGAGUACACCCACAACCAGCUCACCCUGGCAGUGGAUUGCAUCACAGAUACCAGGUCCAUGGAGCUCUGCUACGUGGCGAUAGGAAAGGCGGGUGGGCAGUACCUUGCACUGGACCCAUUUUCGCUGCGCACGCAUACCCGCCGCAGUGUUCAACCAGACUGGAUCUGCAUGUUUACUCAGUUUGAUCAGGCAAUUGACUGGGGGCGACCAUUUAAUCUGGAUCCGCGGCCGCAAGACCGGCAAUUUGCCGAGAGUUGGUAUGGAGUGGUUCAGGGGCUUUUAGAUGCCGGUCAGAUCGAAUCUCAUCCUUACAAGGAGCGACGAGGUGGACUGGCUGGAAUAGCGGAGGGAAUGGACGCCAUCCGCAAAGGCGAGAUCAAUGGAUACAAGCUAGUGUAUGCGGUUUAG